ACGUUUUAGUGCAGUUGAUAUAUUAAUAAAGCAGGGGAAAGAAUACUGUUCAGUUAAGAAGUUUGUCUCUCGUGUACAACGUGUUCGAGUAUCCUCGACUAAUAAAUGUCAGUGUUUAGUAGUACAACUAUUAUAUUUAUUGAUAACAUUUCAUAGACAAUAAUAAAUAUGAUUAGUUAAGCAUUCAAAACAACAGGCACGUAAUCUUUGUAUUUAAAGGAUAUAUAAAGUGUGUCAAGCUUUGAGUCAACAUAUAAAGUGGCGUUCCAAAUUAUUGGAGAAAUACGAUUCUAAGAUUAUUUAUUGAGUGAUACAUAUUUUAUAAUAUAGAAAUUGAUAGAAGUGAUUCAUAAAACCAUGAAUGAAACACAUACUAACAUUUUCCAACAAUUUUACAACGAGUUAAAGUCAGACAGUACGAUUGACUCAUGGCCACUUGUUAAUUCACCAUGGCCAAUAUGCAUUAUUUUAGCACUGUACUUGGCAUUUGUACUCAAGCUUGGUCCAAAAUUUAUGAAAAACCGAGAACCAAUGAACAUUAAGUACCUAAUCCUAUUCUACAACUUAAUGCAGACUAUGUUUAAUAGUUACAUUUUGGCUUACCAAAUCAUUAGACCAGAAGUCUAUAAUUAUAUAUGGAACCAUGCAUGUCAUCCUGAUAAUACCAAAAGUAACAUUGUACAUGAGCUACAUAUUGCUUCAUGGUAUUUUGCCAUAUCAAAAAUCAUAGACUUAUUGGACACGGUGUUUUUUGUAUUGAAAAAAAAACAAUCGCACAUUUCAUUUUUACAUGUUUACCAUCAUGUUAACAUGGUAAUCACUUGUUUUGUCCAUCUGAGAUUCAUCAAAAGUGAAAAUGCUGCAAUAGGGACCAUCGUUAAUUCGUUUGUUCACGUAGCCAUGUACAGCUACUAUUUCUUAGCAGCGCUUGGACCAAGCAUCCAAAAACAUUUAUGGUGGAAAAAAUACCUGACCCGUAUACAAAUUAUACAAUUUAUAUUUGGCAUACUUUAUUGCGUCGGCCUUUUCGUGUGUAAUUGCACUUAUUCAAAAUUAUUUAUUGCAUACAUAUUGUCCGACGUACUCGUAUUUCUUUAUUUGUUUUUAAAAUUCUAUAAAAAAACCUAUAAACCAAAAGGCAAAAUCCAGUGAACCCGACAACUAUAAAGAAAAUUUAAUAUAUUUGUAUAUACAAUUUGUACCGUUAAAUUAUCAUUAAUUGGUACCUAUACGAAAUUCAAUAUUGAUUAAAGUAAAUAAAAUUAUGAUUUGUUUUAAAAUGUAAAUUUACAUUUAUGUAUUCUACGAUAUUAUUAUAUGAAUAUUUAAAACUAAAUAAAUAAUGUUUAUUGUUAAUAAAUAAAUAAAUAUAAGUUGUGAUUUCAAUUAAAACAUUUAUUAUGUUUA